AUGGCCACUCCCAGACGGUUUCCGACGCUCGUGCAGCUGGAGCAGCGAGAAGGGGCGCUGUUCACGGUGCUCGGUAACCUCACCAAGCGGCCCUACUGGUUCCACUUGGAGUAUCUGAAGAGUCCGAAGGCAGUUCGCCUCGAGGCGUGGCUGGUGGAAGCGAUCUUCGGCCGGGGAGGAGAGCACAUCCCGCACGUCGAGUGUGUGUCGCAGACCCUGCUUCACGUUAAUCAGUGGGACCCCGAGGGCGAGGCUGAGAUCUUGAUAUUUGGUCGGCCUUAUUACCAGAAAGAUGUAUCCAAGAUGAUCAUGAAUUUGGCUGACUAUCACCGCCAACUCCGGGCACAAAGCUCAGAGAAGGUCCCUGUCCAGGACGCAGCGACCCAGCGGUCCCCCGACGCUGCCCGAGAAGCAGCGACCCAGAGCUCCCCGAAGAUUGCCCAGGAGGAGGCGACGCAGCGGUCCCCCGACACCGCCCGCGAGGCGGCGACGCAGCGGUCCCCCAAGGCCGCCCGCGAGGCGGCGACGCAGCGGUCCCCCAAGGCCGCCCGCGAGGCGGCGACGCAGCGGUCCCCCGGCGCAGCCCGCGAGGCGGCGACGCAGCGGUCCCCCGGCGCAGCCCGCGAGGCGGCGACGCAGCGGUCCCCCGGCGCAGCCCGCGAGGCGGCGACGCAGCGGUCCCCCGGCGCAGCCCGCGAGGCGGCGACGCAGCGGUCCCCCGGCGCAGCCCGCGAGGCGGCGACGCAGCGGUCCCCCGGCGCAGCCCGCGAGGCGGCGACGCAGCGGUCCCCCGGCGCAGCCCGCGAGGCGGCCACCCAGCGGUCCCCCGGCGCAGCCCGCGAGGCGGCCACCCAGCGGUCCCCCGGCGCAGCCCGCGAGGCGGCCACCCAGCGGUCCCCGGACGCUACCCAGGGCCCGGUUACCAGCUCAUGA